ACACAAAAUUCAUACUUGGAUUUAUUUACGCUCCAGUCUGGUCAUGCAUUGCGCGCAGUUUGUUGCCGUAAACCCAGAAAAUGGACAGAGCGAGUCUCCGCCCCCAGAGGGAGAGAGAGGGAGAGGGAGAGAGAGAGAGGGGAUGACAGCUUGUCUCACAUCCACAGACAUUUUCAGAGGCAGCUAAACGGUCUGAACAGCACUUUUGACGUCAGGAAUAAUCAUUACAGCCUACUCUCUCAUCCGGGUCUUCUCCCCCUGCUCUUCUCUUGUGGUUUUAAUAUUUACUUAGUCCACAGCAGCAGCAGCAGCGGAGGCUUACAGCCUUAACGACAGCGACAGAAACACAUAUGCAUCCAUGUAAAAAGGAGCUGCGGCUGCUGGAGGAGCCGUGAUCCACACAGCUCCAUCCUCCAUCUCAUCUGCUGCACGUUUUUUAUUUGAGACUUUUCCCUUCCGUGGAUCAUCAGAGAGGAUGUUCGCGUUCCGGAUCAACAAGUCUCUUCCCUUCUUCGCGCAGUAACUGUGGAUGGCUGCGCAAUGGAGAUAGCCUUGGUGAGUUUUGAGAACGGCGGCGCUAAAGGGAGCGGCGGUGGUGGUGGAGGCAACAAUGCCGAGGAGAGCUGCCGGAACGCGCUGGACGUCCCUCAGUCGGGCUUCGUUCAAAGUGGACUGGGAGAGGACUACGGUAAAGAGCUGAACACCCGGGGGAGUCUUCAUCAUCAUCAUCAGCAGCAGCAGCAGCAGCAGCAGCAGAAUCUUCAUCAGAGCUCGUGGAAAAUCAACGACAUGAACAACACUUUCAGCUGCAGCGAGAACGCCAUGGAUGCGCUUUUACGCGCGGACCACAGUCCUCAUCUGUUCGACGAGGACCUGCUGGACAUGGACAUGGACACGGGGAGCAACGAGAGGGUGCUCAUCAACAUAGCCGGGCUCAGGUACGAGACACAGCUGGGCACCCUCAACCAGUUCCCGGACACUUUGCUGGGGGACCCCGCCAAGAGGAUAAAAUACUUCGACCCGCUCCGGAACGAGUACUUCUUCGAUCGGAACAGGCCGAGUUUCGACGGGAUUUUGUAUUUUUAUCAGUCUGGAGGGAAGAUCCGGAGACCGGUUAAUGUGUCCAUAGAUGUGUUCGCGGAUGAGAUUAGGUUUUAUCAGCUGGGGGAGGAGGCCAUGGAGAGGUUCAGAGAGGAUGAGGGCUUUAUAAAAGAGGAGGAGAAGCCGCUGCCUCAGAACGAGUUCCAGAAGCAGGUCUGGCUCAUAUUCGAGUAUCCGGAGAGCUCCAGUCCGGCGCGAGGCAUCGCCAUCGUGUCCGUGAUCGUCAUCACCAUAUCCAUCAUCACCUUCUGCCUGGAGACGCUGCCGGAGUUCAGGGAUGAGAGGGAGCUGCCGGUGACCAGCAGGCUGGACAACAGCACUGCGCCCCGGCCGUCCCUCACCUUCACAGACCCCUUCUUCAUAGUGGAGACCACAUGCGUCAUCUGGUUCACUUUCGAGCUGUUCGUGCGCUUCUUCGCGUGCCCCAGCAAGUCCGAGUUUUCCAAGACCGUCAUGAACAUCAUCGACAUCAUGUCCAUCAUGCCUUACUUCAUCACAGUGGGCACGGAGCUCGCGGAGCAGCAGGGCCAGGAGCACCAGAACGGACAGCAGGCCAUGUCUCUGGCCAUCCUCAGGGUCAUCCGCCUGGUCCGGGUCUUCAGGAUCUUCAAGCUCUCCCGACACUCCAAGGGUCUGCAGAUCCUGGGUCAGACUCUGAAAGCCAGCAUGCGGGAGCUCGGCCUCCUCAUCUUCUUCCUCUUCAUCGGAGUCAUCCUCUUCUCCAGCGCCGUGUUCUUCGCAGAGGCGGACGAGCCGGAGUCGCACUUCUCCAGCAUCCCGGAUGCCUUCUGGUGGGCUGUGGUCACUAUGACAACGGUGGGUUACGGCGACAUGAGGCCGGUGACGGUCGGGGGGAAGAUAGUGGGCUCUCUGUGCGCAAUCGCCGGCGUGCUCACCAUCGCACUACCCGUUCCCGUCAUCGUGUCAAACUUUAACUACUUCUACCACCGAGAGACCGACCAGGACCAGUCCUCCCUGAAGGACGACAACAGCGGCCGGGACAGCCCCGAACUGAAGCGCAAGGGGAGUAAAUCCUCCGCCAAGUCGCAGGACGCGGAGAACAACGACCCUAACGCAGCUUCUGUGGAGAAGGCGAACAUCAAAGCGAACAGCAGCAUGGACUUUAAGAGAUCCCUUUACGCGUUCUGCCUGGACACGCGGGAGACAGACCUGUAGUCCUGCAGCCUGCUUCCUCUCUUUUCUAAAAAAAACCCAACAAACUCUUACAGCCCAUAGAUGUGUAGAAUAAACCCCUAUUAAUGGGCUCUUAAGUCUUUGCACACAGCAGUCUGGAGGAUCAACACACUGAAAUCCUGAAAAGUUUUUAGAGCGCAGAGAAAAAGGAGGGGAUGGUGAUUUAUAAAAAGCACAUUUUAAUCCUCCUCAUCUGGAGCUACGAACAAAACAUGAGUGCAUGCCAUGCAACACAGCAGCCCUUUAAAGCAAGAACACCUAAAGAACAUGUAAUGAAGUGUGGAAAAUAGGACAUGUUGUCUAUGCUGCAGAUAAUCAAGGACACGCAGGACUGGGAAUAAUUACUUGACAUGUGGAGAGGAUUAACAGGAACAAGCAGACUCUGUACAUAAAGUAGGAAGCAGUCCAUGUUCAGUAGAGCGACACCAGAAAAAAGCCAAAUUUUAUUUUUCAUACCUUCCCUAAAUUUAGUCGUUAUGUUUACGCUGAUGCAGCAAAUGUGUACAUAUAUAUCCCACAGGCCUACUAUUUAUUGAUAUAAUUAUGGUGGUAUUUUAAGAUUUGGAGAAAAAUAAAAUAAAACAAGUAUAUUUUUGAGAUGCAGAGACCUGUGCUCGUCCACUCAGGUUCUGUCAAAAGAGAUCAUUUCCUUUUUCUAAACGAGUCACCCUCAGAGGACCUAUAAGGAGAAGAUUUUUAGCCUUGAUCCUUUUAAAACUAAAGAACAAUUUUUAAUUUUUUUUUUUUUAAGAACGGAAAAAAAAAAAAAGGACAUAAUAUGGAAGUAGGAAUGACAGCCAAGAAAAGAGGACAGAGCAGAGACCUUCUGGAGAGUUCCAACAACACAGAAACCAGAGAGUUGAAGCCCUGCCCUCCGAUCAUCAGGAGAGUCGACGCCCUCGCAGGAACUACCCCUCCACCAGGACAAACUCAUUAAAACUGCUGCUGCACUAAAAAAAAAAAAAAAAAAAAAAAAAAGCAUCCACAAACCCUUUUUGAACUCUGUGCCUUCAACCAAAAAUUCACCGGUGAUACUUCUAAAGCUUUUUUCUUUUCUUUUUAUGAUUUUAGAUUUUCUAUCGAGCAGGACUCCGAGGAUAUAUCUGCCUGAUGUAGGAGGGCCUGGGAUCUGCUCUCACGCUUUGUCUCUCUGGAGAAAAGAAAAAAUAGAAACAAUCAAACCUAACGAGGACAUGCAAGUUUUGAUCAUUUUAAUGUCCUAACGUGUUCUUUUUUUUCUACAAAUCGUGUCAGUGAUUUACUUCAUUAUCAGAAGAAAUCCCUUGCUGUGCAAUAUCAGUCGAUAUUUAUGUGAAGUUGUCAUGUGGAUGUAGACUCUGGACGAACUUUUUGGUUUAUUUUUGUAACAAUGUUUUCCUGAUUUCUAUUUUUCUAAAACGAUGACGGUGUAAAGACGAUGAGAGAGGAGGAAAAAAAAUCAUCUGAACACAUUGUGAGGGAGAGAGGACGUCCGCUUGUUGCUGAAGAUGAUUUGUCCAACUUUAGUUUUUCCCCUGACUGCAUCCCCUCCUGCUCCGACCAGGGCCAAAGCCAUAGCCUAUCUCAGAUAACAAUACACCGGUGUUUUAAACGCACCGGUGUCCCUAACAGCACGAUGCAUUCAGGGUCUCACAGUGCGGGGCCGACGCCACAGGCUCCUCUCGUGGAUUCCUCUGAGCUGUUGGAUUCUUUGAGCGAUGUUUUGGUUUCUUCAGUUAGUUCAGGGGCUUGAAUCUGAAGUAUUUAGUAUUCUCUACCUUUGUGUGGCCUGUUCUUCUUGCUGUUAUUUUGUACUUCCUCCUACAUAUCAAUGAGCAACUAUAAGUGGCAUGAGUAUGUGUGUCCCUGAGAAAAAUGAGUGAGUGUUCGCCAGAAUGGAGGUAAAAUACUGUGAAUUCUCAAAUUUGAAGCAGAUUAACGGCCUGUUAUUCAGUAUGAACCAAAUUCACAAUGAAAAAUGUUUUUUUUUAAAAAAAGAAAAAAAUACCAGUUAGAAAUGGCUUUUGAUUGGUUAGUCAUGAUGUAAAUAUGUUUAUAUCGUUUAAAAAAAAUGGACAUUGUCUCCAACGAGUCACUUUCUGGUGUGUGGACUACCAGUUUGAAUCAUCAAGUUUGGUAGUCUGGACAUUGCCAUCUCCUUUUUGGAGGGGGAGCUAGGUCGCUGUGGUGCUAACUUGUCAAUCAAAGGUAGCCCCGCCCUAAAUGCUCAUCUGCUUUCUGGUCAGUUUGACUCUAAAUAGGACUAUAGAGCUAAACAGUGCUAUUCACAUCCAUUUCCUGCAAUCUGAGUUUUAGUAGGGCUGUCAGCAUUAACUAGUUAAUCAUGAAGCUCUGAAAUUAUUCUCAUGAUAUUUUGUCCCUUCAGGCUCUCCGUAGAUAGUGGUCCUCAGUGUCUCCCUGUAGUCACAGUGAUUUAAAAGAAGGACACUGCUGCAUUGAAUGAGACAUUGAGACAAAGAUGCAGCAGUGUCCUUCUUUGAGGACGACUAUCUACGGAGAGUCUGAAGGGACAAAACAGCACAAGAUUAAUUAGUUAAUGGAGACCGUCCUUAUUACAACAUUAUUAUUAACAGUAUAAUACAAUAAAGAUAAAUAUAGAAUGAAGGUCAGUAAACAUUCAGUAAGAAGCUAAACUAUCGUUUUUUGGGUCUCGUUGGAUGGAUUGUGGGAUGCGUAGUUUCUUCACUCCCUGAAAAGUUAUGUACACAGACUUCAACCUUUGCUUUUUUUCCCAUUUUCCAAUUGUUGUUUUUUUUUGGGCACUGAAUCAAAUGUUUAAUAGUCAUGAUUAUUUAGGUAGCUGGUUGGUUUGGAUCCAGGAUUAAAAAUAUGGAAAUCAGGAUUUAUUGAAAUGUUGAGAGGGAAAAUUUACUUCUGGAAGUACAGCCGGCGACAGAGUGGACGGUCACUGUUGAGCUCUAUUUACUAAAAGAACAUCAUGUUGUAUUUAAGGUGACAUGAAACUGGAGGUUAAGGCCAUAAACUAGGAAAUUAGGAAAAUGUUUGCUGAUGGAAUAAAACAACUGACAAGUAGCAACAUUGUCCACACUGAUUUGUGCCUUUUAGCCGAUGUUAGGGUGGCAGUCCAUAAAGCCACCAGCUGAUCUGUUCUUACAUGUUAGCAGUCGUUCACAGACUAGUGAGGAAACAAUACAAACAUGACUCUGCAUAUUCAUGCGAUUCAUGAAUAAAAAGUUAGGACAAAAACUACAAGAUGGGAUUUAAGAACUCAGCCAUGAAUAGGAAUACAAAGUCAGACAUUUAUGGAGAUUUCAAAGUAAUGAAGCUUAAAUAACAUAUUUCUCAAUUCUAAAACUGCAUCAAGCAACAUAAAAAAGAGACGAUUGAAACGGAUCAAAAAGAGGAACAAUUCUUACUAAAAUAUGAUCAUGUUCACGUACAACAAAUGUCCAUUUUGUUUAAAAUAAAAACCUCUUUCUGCAAAUUUAAAAAAAAAAAAAAACCUGCAGGCCUCUGUUUGAGAAUUUACAGUAUUUCCUCUUUUAUUGUUUCAAUCCUGUUUCCUGCAGUUGUGAAAUGUGUUCUGUGUUUCCUCGAAGCUGCUAUCCCUGUACUGUGUAGAUCGGAGAUGUCCAGCCUUAUCCUGAAGUCCUACAAACAUCCUCACACACAAAAACACACACACAUUCAGGUUUAACAUGCAUCAAUAACUCAAAUCAACUGCAUCAGAGGAACUCAACCCAGUUUGCCCCUUUCAAGGAAUCGUCUCUCUCCCCCCCCCUCCUCUCUAGAGUCCAUGCUCACUCAGGUCACCAUGUGGUGGACUCUGAAGCUUCAGUGUUUAUCCAGCUCUGCAUGGGUCUGUAAACCUUUCUGUGUUCUAACCUCUCUCCAUUUUUCAAAAGCAUCUCCAAUAUUGAUCCUAGUUUGAGCACGUUUCUGCUCGUGGAGCUUAUUAGAAACAUGCAGAGGCUUUUUAGGUCGGGUACAAUCACUUCUAUCUGAACCACUUCUCUCGCCCGCUUCCACAUACUUUAAAGAAACCCACUAACUGUUGGUUAGCUUAGUAGCCUUUAUACCCCGCUGUUCCAUGAAGUUGCACAGAAAACUGGUCAGCACAACCACUCUGUAAGCGUUUAGCUUUCUAGGUAGCCACCAGUGAGACAGGAAUAUUUAAUGUGACUCGGCUUUUAUGUAAACCUUUUUAAUUUUUAAAGGCUGACUCAGUUUUUACAAAAAUAUCAAACAGCAUGCACAUCCGAUACUUGAGUACUGGGUGCUGGACAAAAACAUCCAAAGAAAGAAAAAGACGAGGUCUGCACACCAGAAGCUGCUUUUAAAACAGCGUCUAUCUGUUCAACAAAUCCUCAAAUGUAAGAACUCUGAUUCCUUCUAAGGCAAACUGGAGCUGUUAGUUCCACAGAUUUUGUUUUCCUUUGAAUCAUAUCCACAUAUCCUGACCACAUAUCUUGAAAGCGACUGUUUGUAGGCGAACCUGCAAAGUGUAUCUUUCCUUUUAAUGCAUGAUUUUCAUUAAAUACAGCCCUUCAUUUAUAUCCACCAGGGAUGUUGUGUUCUGCCAGCAGUAGUGGAGGUAGUUUCCUUAUGUGUGGAGUCCGUAUACUUUGCUGCCUGUGAGUGUGAAUCAUCCGUGAAGCUGCCUCCGUCCAUCAAGUACCUUUACUGACACCGAUCCCCAAAACAACGCUGCCAAAUUGGUCUGAAAAAGCCAACUUUUUUUUCUGACGUUCUCUGUGUAUAAGUGGUUUAAGUGUAACACAUGUUAAACCUCAUCCCGUUAAUGUUACAUUGUGUUUUUAAGGAAAUGAAUCCUGUUUGUUAAACUGUUAAUAAUAUAUGCAGAAGAGUUAUGAAAUAAACUGAAACAAACUCAAA